CUGGGCGUCAUUCAGAGCUCUGGUCUCUUUCACGUGCUCAACUCACCUACAGCCAUUUAAGUUCCUGCUCCACCUUCGUCUCAGAUCAGCAGGGAUGGCAUCCACGCUAGAACUUCCAUACUAUGCAACCGACCUACCUUCUCCUCUUCCCACAGAGGCUGAUAUCGAUGCAGCUCCCGAUAUAACUCUGGCAUACGGUGGACGAAGGGUGGUCGAAAUCGGGACUCACUACGUGGUCAAGUAUGGAAGGGGCGUCAACCUUAUCGAAGGAGAGAACAUGCUGUAUGUUGGAAAGAACACGAGUAUCCCAGUUCCUCGAGUCUACGCGCUUUACUCCAAUUCAGAGACUCGUAAAAGUUAUAUCGUCAUGGAACGCGUUGCUGGUCAGACACUACUAUCACUCUGGCCGGAGCUAAGCCAUUCAAAAAAAGAGACUGUUGCAGCCACACUACAAAGCUACUUCAAUGAGCUACGCCAGCUACCAUCGCCUGGCUACUACGGUAGCUUAGGCAAGAGAUAUCUCUGUGAUGAUAUUUUCCGGACAAUUGAAUCAAAUCCCGAGAUUAACGGACCUUUCACCUCACACGAAACUCUUGUCGAGGCACUGGCGUUGAAAUAUACCUACGAUGGUCGCCCGAUCUUUAGAGCAGAUUUCUAUCGCCAAUGUCUUCCACGUCUCCUUCACAGCAAUGGUUCGAUCUUUACUCAUGGCGACUUUCAAAGGAAAAACAUCAUGGUUCAGAGAAAUGGGGAUAGUACUGGCGAUGAACCGGGGCAGCUACAGGUUGUUGUCAUCGACUGGGAGAAGUCGGGCUGGUAUCCAUGCUACUGGGAGUAUUUUUAUGCUGUGUGCGCCCUGCGAUGGGAUGACGACUGGUGUCUUUGGCUUGAGAGGAUGCUGGAACCAUACGUCGGUGAAUCUGCCUGGUUUAAGGCUCUUCACUUGGAACUGUGGUCUUGAGCUGCGGCCGCAGUAACCUGGGGUGUAUUACAUAGGUGACCAUUACCUCUUCCUAAGCAUACCUCAUGCCGGUAUUUGCAUAAUUAGGAUGCGUCUCCUCAAGUACGUAGAUAGUUUGAUCUCUC